AUGGGAACGUUGAUGCCAAGUGAGAUCAUUUACCGCGGAAAGAGCACGGCAAACAAGGGCUCAGCGAGCAGAGCAAACAAGAAGGAUAAAAAAGUGACCGAGCAUCGGCUCAUCCGGAUAGACUCUGACAGCUGCCACACUUUUGUGACCGAGCUUUCUCUCUCUCGCAUCACACCGAUACCGCCAUUCCGCUCGCUAGACAUCACGUCCGAGAAAACGAGAAUCAUCGGCACAACCCAAUCCUACCUGGCCACAUUCCCAGAUGCUGCCAUCAUCGACACCAUGAUCGAUCAGCAGCAGCAGCAGUCGCAACAAGCACAACAAGCGCCGGCCAUGCAGGCGCUUCACAAAGCUGGCGCUCGAGCCGUUGCGCGACUUCCCUUCGAGGCCCAUCGAACGCGCUUGCCGACGCUGCUCUACCUCUUCUCCUUCUGUCCGGCCAUACCAUCACCGUUUCAAUCGCCGCAUGCAUUUUUGCGACAUCCAGGCGUCCUGUACGCUAUCGGGUUCGUCGCAGCUCUUUUGGCAGGAUGCGGUAUGCCCGCCCUCGAUCUGCUCUACGGUGUCUACACCAACAGAGUCACACCAGGCUCGGCGAGCCCUCAGACGAUCCGUGAUACCUCUUCCUACAUCGGCUGGAUUUGCACCAUUGUCGGCUUCAGCGAGUUCUUCCUGGCGUGGCUCUUUCUCGCGUGCUUCUCCACCGCUUCUCACGAUCUCACGCAAAGACUCCGACACACCUACGUCGCCUCGGUCUUGGCUCAGGAUGCCUCCCAUUUUGAUCUUCAUGGCGCCGGUGAGAUCGCCAACCGCGCCAGCAAGGACAUCUCGGUCAUUCGUGCAGGUUUUGGCGAAAAGCUUGGCUACUUUUGCUGGUCCGGUGCUACCUUGCUCGUCGCCGUCAUCAUCGGUUUCAUCAAGUCGCCCAGGGUUGCUGGUGUUCUCUUCGCCCUGCUUCCUCUCACCAUGAUCAUCUUCGCCAUCCUUGGUAAAGCCACUGAGGCGGUUGGCGCUCCUGCCCUCCGCCUCGAGGCUCGAGCUUCAACCUUCCUCGAGCAGGUCCUCGGCUCGGUCCGCGUCGUUCAGUCCUUUGGCAUGGAUGCGCAGCUGCAAAGACACUUUGACAAGCUCAUGCUCAAACCACUCGAGAAGCUCGGCAUGCGCAAAUCCGCCAUUCGUGGUCUCGAAACCAGCGCGGUCUACUUCAUGCUCAAUCUCACCUACUCUCUUGCUUUCUGGUGGGGCGCCAUCAACAUCGCCGAGGGCAAGGUCCUCGUCGGCGAUGUGCUCACCACCUUUUGGAACUAUUUCAAUUCUUUGUUCUCGCUCGCCAACAUUGUUCCUCACAUCGCCAGCAUCUUUGACGCCUGGACCGCCCUCAAGCAAGUCAGGAGAGCCAUCGAGCGCGAACCCAAGAUCGACAUCCGCCAAGAAACGGGCACCAUUCCCACUUCUGACGCCAAGGAUUGGUCGCCGAGCUUCGAGCUGGACCACGUCACCUUCUCUUACCCUUCGAGGCCCAACGUCGCCAGUCUCAAGCAAGUAUCGAUCCUCUUCGAGCCAGGUAAGGUCACAGCACUCGUUGGCCCCUCGGGCUCGGGCAAGUCUACCAUCACCAGCCUUUUGCUCAGAGAGUACGACCCAGAGACUGCCAACAUACCCCACCCACAUGAUGCCGAAGACGAACAAGCUGCCAAGGAGGACAAGGAAGCUGAAGCCGACAAUGAUCCCGCAGAAAAGCAUACAAAGGACAAAGCGAAGAACAAAGGUCUAUCAUUCUUGACCCGAUCAAGAUCGUCGAAAGACUCUCCGAUCAGCCAAGAUGCGGAGACGUCGGACCCAGCCGCCGACGUCAAGGGUCGGAUUCAGGGCUCAGGAACUGUACGCUUUGCCGGUCACGAUGUUCGCGAACUCAACACUCGGUGGUUGCGAUCGCAGAUCGCUAUUGUGCAACAGCAUCCGCAGCUCUUCACCGCUUCUGUCUUUGAGAACGUCGCCACCGGUCUUACAGGGACCGAAUGGGAGUACCUUCCUGACGUCGAUGGAGAUGCCAGUGCUCCUGGGCAUGACGCUGCUCGAACUGCCGCCAUCCGUGACAAGGUCAUGUGCGCGCUUCAGAAAGCGGAGGCCUGGCAUUUUGUCUCCAAGCUUCCUCAAGGCAUGGACACGCCCGUCUCUGGCGGACGCACCGGUCUGCUCUCCGGAGGACAGCGUCAGCGUGUCGCCAUCGCUCGUGCUCUCGUUCGGGAGCCUCGUCUGCUCUGCCUCGACGAAGGCACCUCGGCCUUGGACUCGGACACCGAGAGCAAGAUCAAACUCGCUUUGCAGCGGGAACAGGAGGAACGCGGUAUGACUACCAUUCUCAUCGCCCAUCGUCUCAGCACAAUCGAGCAUGCGGACAGCAUCGUGGUGCUCAAGAAUGGCCGAGUCGUCGAGCAAGGUACCCACGAUUCGCUGAUGCAAAGCAAGGCAGCUGCCGAAGGGGGUGUCUAUCGCAGCAUGGUGAUGCAGCAAAGGCAUCUCGCCGAUUACGAGGCUAGCAGUGAGGACAACGACUCAGACGUCAACAAGCUCGCCAAGCUCGCGGACGUCGAUGCAAAGCCAGCAUCGAAAUCGUCGGGCGAGUCGUUGGAUGCCCUUUCUAGUGACUCGGCCGAGCCGCUUGAUGAGCUCCAGGAGCGCGACCGUUCGAGGUCCAUGUACGCACUGUCAGAUGACACGAUGACGAGAGUCGACGGCGCUUCGACGGUUCGCUCUGCGUCCGUCGUGCCUGAACGACUCGAGCCUCGUCACGAUGCUCGUCCAACGAUGGCUCCUCGACCACACCGCAGCAGCCGGGCCUCAGACAAGCCUUACCGCACCUUCUCGGGGCGCACCGGUACCGCAUUGGGGCUGCACGAACACGCUCAGGAAGCGACCGUCGGCGUCAACGAUGCUCAGCUUGCCCUCCCCGCAGGUACUGCUGCUGGAGUCUUGCCAGCCAAGGCUGAUCCCAAAGACGCAGAUAGUCCUGCAGGGAGGAAAGAGAGCGACAAUCGCAGCAAGGCUGCGCGCAAAGAGGAGAAGCGCCGCCUCCGCAAGACUUUCUUCCGCUACCUCAACGAUCAAAAACUGUGGUUCGCCAUUGGUGUUGCUGGCGCUGCUUUGACCGGUGGCAGCUUCCCGAUCGCCGGAUGGCUUACGGGAAAUGCGGUCAAUUCGCUUUCGAUUGAAGGCGACAAUGCGAGGCUCAAGAGCGAGACCAACCGCUGGGCGCUGUGGUUCCUCACUUUGGCACUUGCGGAUCUCGUCAUCGUCUUGGUCGGAAGCUUCUUCCUCGAGACUGCCUCUGAGCAUGUCAUGAGGAAGCUGAAGAAGGAAGGUCUCUCUUCUCUCAUUCGACAAGAGAUCGGCUUCUUUGACGCCGAGGAGCAUGCCAGUGGCGCCAUGAGUGCUGCUGUUUCUAGCCAUCCAGCCAACGUCGCAGCAGCUACCGGUCUGGUCUUGGCGCAGGUGGUCAUCGGCAUCGUCAACCUCAUUGGCUCCGUCAUAUUGGGUCUGGUGCUCUCGUGGAAAACGUCGGUGGUCUGCCUCGCUCCCAUCUUUGUGCUCUUCUUCUCGGGUUGGCUCAACAUCGCCAUGCUGGAAAAGUACGAGGCUGUGGCUCAGAAACCAGCAGAUCGUGCCGCUUCGUACGUCUCUGAGAACGUUGACGCCAUCAAGACUGUCGCCGCCUUGGGCAGAGAGGCAGAGACGAUGCGAAUCUUUGACGAACGUGCACGAGCCGAUCCAAAACGUACACGAUAUCUCGUCUUUGGCGCAGGAGGCUUUGCCGCUUCGCAAGCCAUGGUCCUGCUGCUCUCGGCCCUCGUAUUCUACUGGGGCGGCACGCUUCUUAGCAGGCAAGAAGUCAGUAUCACGGCGCUCUAUGCGUCAUUCGAAGCUGUCAUCAUCGCCGCUUUCUCGGCUGGUCGUCUCUUCACUUUUGUGCCGGACUACGGUCGUGCUACCAACUCGUUCAAGACCAUCUCUGGCUGGAUCAAUCGCAAACCGCUGGUUGCCGAUCAAAGCGGCUUGCCCGAGCUCGACAAGGCUGCAAAGGCCAAAGUGCUCGAUGGCAGCUAUGCAUCCGGCGACAUCACGCUCACGUCCAUCGAGCUUCGCUAUCCUCAGCGACCGAACCAUCCCGCGCUCAAGGAGCUCAGCAUCACAAUUCCUGCCGGAAAGAGCGUUGCCUUCUGUGGCACCUCCGGAUCCGGGAAAAGCUCCAUCCUAGCAUUGCUGCAGCGCUUCUACGACCCAUGCCAAGGCAACAUUGAGUUCGGAGGCGUAGAUGUGCGUCAGGUGCCCAUCCAUCUUCUCCGUCAGCAGAUGGCCUACGUCUCGCAAGAUCCGAUCUUGUACGAAGGAACCAUCCGCUGGAAUCUCUCGCUCGGCUCGAAUGACCCCGAUUCCGUCACUCAGGAACAGCUGGAGAGGGCGUGCGAGGAUGCCUACAUCCUUGACUUUGUGCGGGGUCUCCCGAAUGGUUUUGACACCGAGAUCGGUUUCAAAGGUUCCCAGCUCUCUGGCGGUCAGAAGCAGCGCCUUUGCAUAGCACGAGCACUCUUGCGUGAUCCCAAGAUUCUACUCCUCGAUGAGGCGACAUCAGCUCUCGAUGCCGAGUCCGAAAUUCAGGUGCAGCGUGCACUUGACCGUGCUGCUCUCAACAGGACCACUGUCACGAUCGCGCAUAGGCUGAGCAGUCUCAGGAAGUGCGAUUGGAUCUUUGUGGUCGAGGAUGGCAACAUUCGCGAGAGCGGCACGCACGCAGACCUCAUCGCCCGAGGCGGCAGAUAUCGCGAGCUCAUGGAGCAGCAGCUGUAG